GAGCUUGUUGAGCGAUAGUGUUUCAUUAUAAUAUCAUCUCGUUCCGCGGUUCUUUUCAUCUUACCGCAUGCAUAUUUUGGACUACGCUGUAGGGCUGGGUGAAGCUGAGAUAACCACACACUCAAGAGCACAAUUCAGCAACAGCACGAGAGGGCUUAGAUAGUGGCUUAUGCUCCAUGCAUACCCGCUACAUUUCACCGAGAUGAAAAUGACCUGUGUCGGCUGCUUGCUGAACUUCCAGGCGUAAAGUUGUACCGAUAAUAGACCUUUCCACCGGCCUAUCUCGCAAAAUUUGAAGCACAAGGCUCUCGAUGCGAUUGCUGAACACCCGAACACUACGUCUCAGGACGUUCGACGACCCCACAUUCACGCCAGCAUAUGCUAUUCUCUCGCAUACGUGGGAGGGAGGAGAAGUGCUCUUUGAAGAUGUAGCAAGAAAACCUAUAGUCAUGUGGGAAAAUAAGAUCGGUGCUGUCAAGGUCAAGGCCAGCUGCUCAAGAGCUCUACAUGACGGAUUCGACUACAUAUGGAUUGAUACUUGUUGCAUUGACAAAAGCAGUAGCAGCGAGCUAUCCGAGGCCAUAAACUCCAUGUUCAAGUGGUACGAGGCUGCGGCAGUCUGCUAUGCGUAUCUCGGCGAUGCUAUUGACAGCUUUGAAGAUUGCAAAUGGUUUACCAGAGGCUGGACACUGCAAGAGCUUUUGGCGCCCAAAUUUGUGCAAUUUUUAAAUCGCGACUGGCACGUCCUUGGUACACGCGACAGCAAAGCACUCGAUAUUUCUCUCAUCACAGGCAUUGACACGAAGCUCCUGCGAAGAACUUCCAAUAUACGCGAUGCGCUUGAUUCUUUCAGCAUUGCAACGCGAUUUUUCUGGGCGUCCGAAAGAAACACUUCGAAAGAAGAGGACAAAGCUUACUGUCUCAUGGGUAUGUUUGAUGUGACCAUGCCACUGCUAUACGGAGAGGGUUCCAGGGCAUUCCAACGGCUUCAGCUGGAAAUCCUCAAGAAUUCAAGCGACAACUCAAUUCUGGCAUUUACUGGACCUACCGUCGAGGGUAUCCUUGCCACCAACCCCGCGCAGUUCACACGUGAUCUUCCAUUCACCAAUCUUGCUGGUACCGGCUCGAAAAUCAAGGUCGACGGGGACGAACUGAGUAUCGAAGGUUUGUUCUGCGCUGUUGAUACCGAAGGCAGUCUCGACAAAAGCAUAUACAUGCUGGGUUUGAACUGUCGUUUCGCAGACAGUUUGAGCAUAGCUACAGUGCUCCUCCAAGCCGAAUCUGAAUCUGAGCCGCAUCCCUCCAGAUUUAAGAGACGGGCGUUUGGGAUAUUGCGACUCCAUCCAGGGCAGAAAUAUCUCACUCUGGACGAGUCUUCGCGACCGACCUGUUAUGUACCGCUUACCAAGUCUGCGAGGCUGCAGAGAGUCGUAAUAACCCAUUCCCAGACUCGCAAAGACAAAAGCUUCUCACGCCUCCUGAAGUUGAGAUCAUUAAAGCAGGACAAAACUCUUGAUUUCUCCCUGAGUCAUGCGGUCGAUUUGAAUAGCUGCAGCGAAGUGGCUGAACCAGAAAACGACUCAUCUCGCCUAAGAGGCACAUUCGGGGGCCUUGCUGCCUUUGUUGGGAGUGCUGAUAGAUGCUUUUUGCUUGAUUGGGGUUCAACAGAGAUUCCCGAAACCCCAGUUGGCCCAGUCGUUCGAAAGAACUGGUGUUCUGUUCGAUCGCUUAAGGAUUCGGUCAUCAUAUCAUUGAUCAAGAAGCCAGGUGAAACUUCCCUGCCACCUGUGAACGAGUCUCUUCAUCGCAUCUUUGGCGGCUACGAUCCGCUCUUCAGUGAAAUCCUCGAUUUAGAGGUCUCCCCCUCUUUCAUGGAUGGUGAAGCCAUAAUCGACGGCGAGAUUUUUGUGGCAGCGAAACUCUCCCAUGAGCACUUUCUAGGUCAUGUCUUGUUUCACCUGGAUGUAGAGAUAUGGACGAGCGCGAUGGCCCAAGGGGGCACUGAAAGUAGGUGCCAGCCAGAGGAAGUUUUGAUGGACGCAGAUGAAAGCAUAGACUGGUGUUAGUUGUGCCCAGUGUCGUAGUGGAUUAGAGUCUGGAAAUUUGCAUGGGGGUCAGGUACUACCGUUCCUCAUCAUCUCUCCAGCACCAUUCCCCAUGACUCUAGCUAAUAUACAAAGUGACAUACGUGAAUAGUGAAAAACUAGGAUAGUCUUCCGCUUCCAUGGCUUAAGACGAGCACAUAUAUGGAC